AUGCUUUCAGAUAAUCCCGUGGAGGCUAUUGGAUCACAUGCAUUCACAAUUCCAAGAGAGGACCUUGUAAUGUAAGCAGUUGAUACACUAAAGUAAAAACAAUGUCUUACUAUCCACUUCUUCUACUGGAUUCUGUUUUUUAAUGUUUGAUUUCUGAAAUAAGUCCCCAUUUUCUGAUAUUAUCUAUAGAGGGUCCUGAAGGUGUAAAAUGGGAACUGGGAUUCGCCUUUUUAUGUACUGGGAAAAUGGGAUUUACUGCACUGGGAAAGGCAUAAACCAUUUCUAAAAUCAAGGGAAAUGAUCUUCGAUUAUGUUAUAUAUGAGACAAUUGCUCAAGUGUGCCUAUUCUUUUUUUAAGUAAAAGAAAUAAUAUAUACACGUAGACCUCAGUAGACACAUAGGAUCAUGUCAGUUUUUUCGCAUUCGCAUCCAAUGCCUCGCCGCCACCCAAUUAGCUGUUGUGGCUCGUCCCCAGGGUCUUUUUGUUUUCCGAGGUCACCAUAUUGAAAAACGAGAAGACGCUAGGACGAUGGGAAUGACAUACGCACGUUUGUGCGUGACAGAGAUCAAAAUAGCGUCCGAUUUUGGAAGUGUUCUACCUUGCUUGUACGCAUUAUGGUGAAAUAACAACGAUGCUAGCAAGACUUCCCUUCAGCUCAGAUUUGUUAAAUUUUGGCACAAAAACGAUUCAAAUAAAUAACAGUCCAAACACUUUCAUCAGCGACACAGGUGAACAAAACAUACCUGGUUUAAUUGAUGCAUUAAUCAUUCUUUAAUCAACACAACCAGCACCGCACCAAUCAGAAGCUGUGUAUAUAUUUUUCGGAAUUGUGGAGUUUCGGGGAAAGCGUUUCCUUUUUCCCCUCCCCCUUCUUUGUUAUGCUUUCGUCCCAACUUUUUCGAAGACCUCGUGCGGAAACUCUUGCUGCGUAGGCUACCCGCAGAGGUUCUCAACGUAAUGAUUACAGCGGUAGCGAAAAAUAAAGUGAAGACUGUGAUUCGGAUGAGGAUUGUGCAGAAGACAGGUGGUUUUAAUAUGGUGGUGUCAACAAGGGUUGGAAGAGGAAGAGUGUUCACCAGCAGGAUGAGUACUUUUCUUCAAUCCAGGUGAAUGAAGGUUCAUAAUCCAAAUGGCAUCAAUCGGCGCUUUUACUUCAUGAUGCGCAUCAGUUAGUAAGCGAGAACUGGAAAUGGGAUUACAGAUUUGGUAACUGGGAUUUGGACUAACGUCAGGCUGAGAACUGGGAUUGGGUACCCUCCCCACAUCCCCCCCCCCCCCCCUUUCGGGCCCCUUUUAAAAAAAAAAUUAAAAUAAAAGGUUGUUUUGUUUUUAAAAUUUUUUUUUUAUUUUUUUCAAAGGCUCGGGAGGGGAACAGUUGGAACUCCUCAAAAACAAACACACUGCUUCCCCCCUUCUUAAGAGGCUUUGUUACUUUGACAGACGAAGCAUAUUCGCGCCUUGCUUCAAGGGACGGGUUUCCUAGGCCCAGGCCCCAAAGCGAACUGGCAGCGCUAGAAUAUUCCUAUCCAGCCGAAAGUAAUGCGUUAUCAUAAAAAAAUAAAGAAACCUUGACUGUGCUCGGUUCUUUUAAUCAAGAAGUAGGGGCGAUCUCGACUACCUCUCGUGUUUCCACCUACACCUCUUUCGUGCUCUAGCCGCUCCCUGCGUGCUUUACAACACAACAGAGCACAGUCGAGGCUUUUUUAUUUGUUAGAUUGAAAAGUGCGUUUAGCUCGUUAUUUCACGUGUUACAUUUACUUGUUUUAGUUUCUUUUCCCUUACUAACAUGUCCGUUUAGGUACGUUGCUCACAUUGUGGGUGGCUCCUCCUAAAAGGCUAGGGUGCACAGUCUGUAUAGGAAUUACCGAAGUCAAUUUCGGAAAUGCACACACUUUAGGUGUCCCAAUGAUAACCAGUUAAUAAACUCCUCCCACUGGCUUUUAUAUCGGAAGAUAAUGCCUGUGGCUUAUAGACUAUCAGAGGUGGUCCGAAAAAUAAAUAACUGGCUGAGAAAGGAAGCUUUAAGGGCAAAUGUGAAAUAUUUAGGAUUGUCUCUCGAUGCUCCAAAAAAACAGCAAGCCAAGGUUUACCUAUUUUAUAAACCUUCGAUUUUUACACCAAUUUUGAGCAUUUAAACAUGUUGGAAGAAAAACAGAGUCGAAAGUUGCGGGUACGGGUUUCGAUGUUUACGAGUUCGAGGUAACUGAGUAAAAUGACUGAAAGGUGGGGUCAUAUCGAAGGGAAAUGGGACAUAGUUUGAGUUAGAGGGGGAUUUCGUCGGAUCUAUCUAAGUUCGAGUUAUACGUGUAUAAACUACGAGUUAUUCGUACUCUGCACUUGAAGCACAUUUUUUUGUACAUUUCUUUGCCAUUGUUUUUGCAUGACUACAACGUGAAGCUUCCAGAAACUUUCUAAUUACACGUUUUAUGGAGGAAAUGUCGCGUGUGUUCCUUUUUGCUUUUUUUUUUUUCACUGCUGCUCAUUUUCACCUUGUUGGCCGCUAGCAUUUCUCAUUUUCUCAAUAAAAUUUUCAUGUUUUUCUUCUAACGAAAUUGGCUUCCUUUGUUUUUCUCUCGUUCUAGCUCUUGCUCUGUUAUCAACAUCAAGGUAGACAUAAAAAUUUAUUCGAAAGAAAGACUCAGGGCGGACUCGGCUUCGUUGUUGUUUUUUUUCUUCUCUUCCUAAAAGUCAGGGUGGCCAUGCAAUUUACCACAGAAACGCGCGAGUACUUGACAUGCGAAAUUUUACCCCUUUCUUACAUGAAGGAGUGGACGUACGUACGGACGAUUUUCUCAGAAAUAAAAUUUCUUGGAUGCAUAGAUAAUAAAAUUAUCUUACCGAUGGUGCUCCGCUUUGUGCACUUCAAGCGCGAGAGUGCCGCUGAUAAUAAUAAUAAUAAUAAUAAUAAUAAUAAUAGUAAUGAUAAUAGUAAUUAUUGCACUAAUAAAAUAAUAAUGAUAAUAAUAAUAAUAAUAAUAAUAAUAACAAAUAAUUAUGAUAAUAAGUCAGAAGAAGACCUGUGUACAACUGUGUCUAUUGUUUUAAGCGCAAAUUCAGGCACCUUCUCACCGGUAUUUGUGAAGAGUCUUCUUCUUACAUCUGCCGCGAUGAGAUAUAUCCUUCGUAGAUUAAACGAUUGGGGAGUUAGAGUUCUGUGCUUCUAUUAGAUCAGGGGCCGUGACGAAUUUGAAACUGGACUAUUCAUCCAAUGUGUGAUGCUACCGGUAAUAACAGGAUAAGGUUCUGAAAUAUUUCGCGUGUUGACAGCGAUUAGGUAGUGUAAAUGAUAUGUUUUUUCAAAGCAUAUGUAAUUAUGGCCCCACUUAAUUAUCAUCUUCAUGUAAUAAGUUAGGAACGAAUAACGCUAAGCCUGAGAAUAUUGCAUAUGGUGAAAUACAACUUUCUGUGUAGUCAGUACAUGAAAAAAGAUACUCAAAGUAGCACUACUGCGGAGAUGGUGGCUGAAUAGUGAACAUUUAUUCGCCCUAAAAAUUGGAGUUUUUUGGUUGUAACUUCAAACUUAUGGAAAACUGUCGAAAGUCUGUUUACAUUGUUGUAAUGAAUCACCCUUCCUUUCAAAAUAAGUUAUAGUUUCCCUUCUGACACCCUGACGGCUCUUGUCCAUUGUCAAUUACAAGGGGAUGUGGUUUUUUUUACAAGGCAAACAAUGAAACAUUAUUAAACAAGUUUCUUUCUCGUACAAUUUCUCCGAUAUCGAUCAAAUGCACAGGAUGUGAAUAUUUCCCCCCAUUUGAAUCAAGUUAUAUUUAAUGAUUCGCGGAGAAUUUUGCUCGCCAGGCAAGUGGAAGUGUAAACCUAAGAAACAGGAUGUGAAUAGGAUGUGAAUCUCUCAAAAAGAACAUUAGGAAAAAAGACCUAACGUCACUCUUAAACAACAACAAUAGCUGCUGUAACCUUUGCAAUUCUUAAAGACUACCUUUUAUAUACCUAUUGUUUUAUUAUACAAUUUAUACAUGCUACAUAUUUUAAUUGCAUAUACAUUAUUAUUAUUAUUAUUAUUUCUUAUUUGUAAAUAAAGCAUUAAUAAAGCUUUUACUUACUUACUAAACGUAGUUAUUUAGGUUAAGGGUUAUUUUUGCUCGCCCGUUUCUUUCCUUUACAUAAUAUAUUUUUUUUGUCGACUUGUUUCUUUCUUGUUUUUCAGAAUGCUUUCAGAUAAUCCCGUGGAGGCUAUUGGAUCACAUGCAUUCACAAUUCCAAGAGAGGACCUUGUAAUGUAAGCAGUUGAUACACUAAAGUAAAAACAAUGUCUUACUAUCCACUUCUUCUACUGGAUUCUGUUUUUUAAUGUUUGAUUUCUGAAAUAAGUCCCCAUUUUCUGAUAUUAUCUAUAGAGGGUCCUGAAGGUGUAAAAUGGGAACUGGGAUUCGCCUUUUUAUGUACUGGGAAAAUGGGAUUUACUGCACUGGGAAAGGCAUAAACCAUUUCUAAAACCAAGGGAAAUGAUCUUCGAUUAUGUUAUAUAUGAGACAAUUGCUCAAGUGUGCCUAUUCUUUUUUUAAGUAAAAGAAAUAAUAUAUACACGUAGACCUCAGUAGACACAUAGGAUCAUGUCAGUUUUUUCGCAUUCGCAUCCAAUGCCUCGCCGCCACCCAAUUAGCUGUUGUGGCUCGUCCCCAGGGUCUUUUUGUUUUCCGAGGUCACCAUAUUGAAAAACGAGAAGACGCUAGGACGAUGGGAAUGACAUACGCACGUUUGUGCGUGACAGAGAUCAAAAUAGCGUCCGAUUUUGGAAGUGUUCUACCUUGCUUGUACGCAUUAUGGUGAAAUAACAACGAUGCUAGCAAGACUUCCCUUCAGCUCAGAUUUGUUAAAUUUUGGCACAAAAACGAUUCAAAUAAAUAACAGUCCAAACACUUUCAUCAGCGACACAGGUGAACAAAACAUACCUGGUUUAAUUGAUGCAUUAAUCAUUCUUUAAUCAACACAACCAGCACCGCACCAAUCAGAAGCUGUGUAUAUAUUUUUCGGAAUUGUGGAGUUUCGGGGAAAGCGUUUCCUUUUUCCCCUCCCCCUUCUUUGUUAUGCUUUCGUCCCAACUUUUUCGAAGACCUCGUGCGGAAACUCUUGCUGCGUAGGCUACCCGCAGAGGUUCUCAACGUAAUGAUUACAGCGGUAGCGAAAAAUAAAGUGAAGACUGUGAUUCGGAUGAGGAUUGUGCAGAAGACAGGUGGUUUUAAUAUGGUGGUGUCAACAAGGGUUGGAAGAGGAAGAGUGUUCACCAGCAGGAUGAGUACUUUUCUUCAAUCCAGGUGAAUGAAGGUUCAUAAUCCAAAUGGCAUCAAUCGGCGCUUUUACUUCAUGAUGCGCAUCAGUUAGUAAGCGAGAACUGGAAAUGGGAUUACAGAUUUGGUAACUGGGAUUUGGACUAACGUCAGGCUGAGAACUGGGAUUGGGUACNUAUCAUAAGUUUUACUGACGCAUCGAUCAUAAAGGUCACGCGCACAUCUACUACAAAUCACGUGAUUGGUGGGGAUUGUUGUGACCGAACUAGUCGGUAAAUAACGAAAGAUUACAACGGAUUGAACCUUAAACGAUUACUUUUAUUCCGCCUUCACGACUCGUGGUCCUUAACAACUACAGUCGGGCGUUCCAUGCACUACUGAGGGGGAAUCUGGGUCCUAAUACACUACAGGGAUGAUUCUAAGUUUAUUCACUUUUACGUGCGUUCAAAGUCAGGUGGAAGAGGCGGAGAUCCCUUCCCUUCGUUCAUGAUAAACAGGGAAAAAAAUAAUCCAAUAAAUAGCCAACAAAUAAGGAAACUACAUCAAAGGAACAGGACUAAGGAAAAAAUGCGGAGAGUGAAUUAACAAAAGCGGGAAGCAUUUCAGGAACGAGCAGGUGUCAAAGAUAAAGUUUGGUCAUAACAAUGAAAUCGCUCAAAACUAAAACUUUGUAGAAUACAGUUGUAGGUCAAUACUCCUGUUUUUAAACUUUCUUUUUUUGUUUUGUUUUGUUAUUUUUAAUUUUUCCAAUUACUGUUGCUAAUAUUGCCGUCAUUGGUGUAGACCAGGCUAUAGUAAAACCUGUACUUAAGAAAAAACUAAGUAGUUCCUAUGGACUUUACACUUCGUAGCUAGACACUGCUCUAUAACACUACUCUCUUGACCACAAAGCGAAAUUAAAAUAUCUCUACUCUUCUUGUAGGAAAAUAUAAUACAAAGCUUGUAAACUCUGAGUCGCACUUUUUUUGCCGGUUCUUCUUCUUCUUCUUCUUCUUCUUCUUCUUCUUCUUCUUCUUUUAUUUUGACUUGAAAAAAAAAGAAGACAUUACAGAUACACAUACGAUGUUAAAAAAUCAAAACCUUGAAAAUUCGGUGAUGGACCAUAAUCAUAUACUGUUUCUUCCUUUUUUUUUUGUUUAAGAUAUAUGAUACGAACAAAAACAAAGACUGUCAGUCUCCGAUCUUUUUACGGCAUUGACAACCUUACGAUUGAUAUGUAAGUAUGGUCUAUGGUCUGGUCUUUUGCGGCCGGGCUCUUUGUCAUAUGAGUUUGGGUGCAAAGUUAUUCUUGAAACAAGGAUCUGCUAUAUUAUUUCUUAUUUGAUUAUGACUCCUAUCAUCUUUCUAUCGCUUUUUUCAAUAGAAGUUUAAAUGAAGGAAAAAUUGGGAUUAUGAAAUUCAGGGAUGACGAACGUAACUGCACAAUUCAUCUGUGAGUGAAUUCAUCAUUACAACAACAAAGAUAUCAGAAAUCUGAAUAUGUGCAGUUAUUUUUUCUCUAUCAUUAGCUCUUAGUUGGUGAUUAAUUUUUCUUUUCAUAAUUUUUUUUUUUUACAUUAGGGGAUUAGGACGCGAUGAUUCUGAAUAUAGCGUCAUUUCUGAUAUCGUCAUUUCUGAAAAAGAUUAUUGGGUGAAACAACAAAUACUAGCGGCUUUUAAACGAUCUGGAUUUGCCAAUGAAAGUGGUGGACGUUAUAAGUUACUUCCAUGUGAAUUUGGAACGUACGUUAAUGCUUCUGCUAAAACCAUCAACUGCACAGAGUGCCCAGCAGGUAAAUUUAUUCGCAGUUUAUGAAAGCUGCACAAUUAUAUCGUCGGGAUAAUAUGUCUACAUUGUUAGCCAGCCCUGUUCUCAUUAUGGUUUAAAGGUACUUACAUGUAGUAUUAGAUGGCGUGUGCUUAUCUCUGGAAUACGAAUUCAAAGUAUCUAUCUAAAGACAGUGAUAAGACUCUGGUUGAUAAUUUUUUCCCUGUAAAAUUUUGUUACGCGGGUUAUCUUUUAGAGGACGGGUAGCUUGCAAACCAAACUGAACGCAGGGUUGUCGGAACAGCAACAAGAAGAUUUAUUCCAAAAAUGAACGUAGUUUCCACGAAGUAAAACUCCACAACAGCACGUAACUCGUUAAACUUACACGGCCUCCGCCAACUUCAAUUAACUUGAUAAGCUUACACGGCCUCUGCCAACUUGAAUAAACACUGCUUGCGUCACACUUGACUAAACCCGACUAACGCCAAACUCUCUUCGCUUAUGAAAACUAGGUAAAANUGAUGGACCAUAAUCAUAUACUGUUUCUUCCUUUUUUUUUUGUUUAAGAUAUAUGAUACGAACAAAAACAAAGACUGUCAGUCUCCGAUCUUUUUACGGCAUUGACAACCUUACGAUUGAUAUGUAAGUAUGGUCUAUGGUCUGGUCUUUUGCGGCCGGGCUCUUUGUCAUAUGAGUUUGGGUGCAAAGUUAUUCUUGAAACAAGGAUCUGCUAUAUUAUUUCUUAUUUGAUUAUGACUCCUAUCAUCUUUCUAUCGCUUUUUUCAAUAGAAGUUUAAAUGAAGGAAAAAUUGGGAUUAUGAAAUUCAGGGAUGACGAACGUAACUGCACAAUUCAUCUGUGA